CCUCUCCCUCCUUCCCCUCCCUCUCCCUCCCCAGCGCGGUCCGAUGGUGCCGAGGCGCGAUGAGCCGCCCGUCCUCCGCCGGCCCCGGCCCUAGCAAGCCCUGCGGGAAGCAGCAGCAGCAGCAGCAGCAGCAGCAGCAGCAGCAUCACGCCCCGUCCCCCGCCGUCGUCCUGCCGGGGCCCGGCGGGGCUUCUCCGCCGCCUCCCCCUCCUCCUCCUCCUCCUCUUCCUCCCCCCCAGCAGCAGCAGCAGCAGCAGCAGGAGCUGACCUCGCUCUUCGAGUGCCCGAUCUGCUUCGACUAUGUCCUGCCGCCCAUCCUGCAGUGCCAGGCCGGGCACCUCGUGUGCAAGCAAUGCCGGCAGCAGCUGAGCCUCUGCCCCACCUGUCGGGGCUCCCUCACCCCCAACAUCAGGAACCUGGCCAUGGAGAAGGUGGCCUCGGCUGUCCUCUUCCCGUGCAAGUAUGCCACGACAGGCUGCUCCCUGACGCUCCACCACACGGAAAAGCCAAAACACGAAGCCGUCUGUGAGUACCGUCCCUACUCCUGCCCGUGCCCCGGUACCUCCUGCGACUGGGAGGGAUCGCUGGAAGCCGUGAUGUCCCACCUCAUGCACGCCCACAAAAGCAUCACCACCCUUCAGGGAGAAGACAUCAUUUUCCUCGCCACAGACAUUAACCUGCCAGGGGCAGUGGACUGGGUGAUGAUGCAGUCGUGCUUCAGCCACCACUUCAUGCUGGUGCUGAAGAAGCAGGAGAAGUGCGAAGGCCACCAGCAGUUUUUCGCCACCGUGCUGCUCAUCGGCACCCGAAAGCAGGCGGAGAACUUUCAGUACAGGCUGGAACUGCACGGCAACUGCCACCGGCUGACCUGGGAGGCCUCCCCCUGCUCCAUCCACGACGGCGUGUCCGUGGCCAUCCGCAACAGCAACUGCCUCGUUUUUGACACGGCCACCGCGCACCUCUUUGCUGACAACGGGAACCUCGGCAUUAACGUGACCAUUUCCAUGUGCUGUCCGUGACCCGAGCUGUCUGGACGUAGUGCUUCCCCGGGGUUUGCUUUUGGUUCCUGUUUUUAAUGCUGUUCAACUAUGUCAUCGUGUACGCUAAGGUUCCUGACUAGCCAGCAGUUGUGACUUUGGGGAGAAGAGGAACAAGAGUGUCCUGUAAGUAACAUGAGUGGGACAAGGUCUUUUAAAAUUCUUGGGUGCCUUAGGAAGAUUACACACACACAGUUACCUUUUAUAAUUUAAUUGUAUUUUAUGUAAAGAGUGCUUCCAUUGGACAUGUGGCUUAAGAAGCUCCUGUUUGGAGCGCACCUAAAAGCCCUUUAAACAGCACUACAGAUUCGCUCUCUCACUGGUGAGCUCUACUAACAGGCUGCAGUAUCACAGAAGGGUUUGGGUUGGAAGAGACUUAAAGAUCAUCUAUUCCAAUCCCCUUGCCAUGGGCAGGGACACCUU